UUUUCAGGAACUAAAAAGUAUCCAAGGUUCAUCUGUGAAGUCUAAAGUUAUAUUAAUAAAAAUGGAUGUAACGCUACAAGAGGAACUGGAGGUAGCUCGGACUAUUGUCGAAGAGAUUGUGGGGGACAGAGGUCUUACACUUCUGAUCAAUAAUGCUGGCAUUCUACAGCGAGAAGCUUUUCCUUACGUAACUCCUGAAAACUUAGAAUUACAUUUUAGAGUCAAUACUGUGGCUCCUCUAAUGGUUUUGCAGACAAUGCUGCCUCUCCUAGAGAAAGCUGCAUCAUUUCACAGUGAUGGAAUGAGUAUACGUAAAGCUGCUGUCUUGAAUAUAUCAUCUACGCUUGGAAGCAUUACAAAUGCAGGAUUCGCUAAAGAACUUAAAGUACCUGGUUAUCAAAUAAGUAAGGCGGCUCUUAAUAUGGCCAUGCGUGUUACUGCUGCCAGCAUCAGAGAAAAAGGGAUUUUGGUAAUCAUGAUGUGUCCCGGAUGGGUUAAAACAGAUAUGGGAGGACCCGAUGCACAGCUUACGCCUGAUGAAAGCGUUGGCGCCAUCCUCAAAACCCUAACUACUCUCAACGAAAUACAUCAUGGAAUUCUUAUGGAUAAGACGGGCAAUGAAUGUCCAUUUUAAAAGCAAAAAAAAUCAAUAAUCACUUGCUGUCAUGUUAUUCAACAUAACAACAAGCCAUUUAUUAGAGAUAAAAAAUGCACUCAUUAAAGCAUUUUCUGUCAUGACGAAUGCAUUCUCGGGUACUUUUCCGUUUUGCCAGCGCAAGCAAUAAAGUCGCCAAUAAUGGUAUAACUGAUGCCAAACAGAAAAAUCUUCGCUGGUAAUUGUCUUUUACGCCUCAUUUUCAAAACAAGUCCCAGCCAUUUCUUAUGAGAUUGAUUGUUUCGUUCAAUGCUAGCAUACAAUUACAUAGAAUUUUUACCAGAUACUUCAAUUUUAUGCCCUAAGGCCAUUCGCGGCAAUACCGUUCACCGGAAGGCGAAAUUAUAGAAAAGGCAAAGUCAAGGGUGAAAUUCAUCCAUUCUAAUGAGAAUGCACUAGCGAAGUAAAGCACUGUGGUUUUACAUAAUUUGUGAGUAAGCUAUCAUACGAAUUGAAAUAAUUCUUGCA